UGAUCUGUGAAGAAUUAAAAAAUGAAUUUGAUGCGAUAAGCUCAUGAGCGCAAUGGCAAACAAAUUGCCAGUAAUUGCAGUUUAAGCUAUAAAUAAACAAAAAGCAUAAACAAUAUUAAGUGUGAGUACAUUACGGAAGCAGAAGAUGCCAAUAAUAACGGCAACAACAACAUCAACAGCAGCAGCAGCAGCAGCAGCAGGCGGAGCAGCAACAGCGAAUAGAAUUCAAGCCAAGGCAGCAACUAACGAUUAUCUAAUGCAGCAGCAACAAUACAACUACUAUCAACAACAACAACAACAGCAGCAGCAGCAGCAACAGUUGGCGCCGUUGUCGGGUGUGUUAAAUGCUUCCCACCAGCAACAUGGAGCACAUUCUCAUCCACAUACACAUCCUGUUGGCAGUUUGACUGCCACAGCGGCAGGCAGCUCAGCAGCUGUGGCAAACGCGACUCACAAUGGCGCGACUUCUACCAGUUUUGCAACAUUUAACGGAAACCUCACUCUAAAUUCUAACCUGGCCAACGGAAGUAGUCGCAGCCAGAGCAGCAAGAAAUUCAAUUGCAACGAUCUUGGCAACAACAGUCAGAGCAACGAUGUUGCAGCUAAUGCUAAUGCGCCUGCUGCUGCUCCCGUUGACAGUGGUUAUGCCAUGUCUGUGGCACCACCGCCGUUGCCGUUGCCGUUGCCAUUGCUGGGCUUGCCGCCACCGGCGCCAAAGAAAGUCAGCGUUGCCUCACUGCAUGCGUCACGCGAAGAUGUUGCCUCCUUGGGUGGCAACUCCAAUGUCAGCCAGCAGCCACAGCCACAGCAGCAGCAGCAGUUUAUGAGCAAUGGUCUCAAUGGGGGCGUGGCUCUAGCCAAUGGACGCACAAUAGCCCAGCCCAGCAGCAUAUUAAAAGGCAGCAAAGAGAAUCUUUUGCAAAGCACUUACUAUAACGGUGAAGGCGGUGAGAGCAGCAUGGGCAGCGAAUGUGGUGGCCAGGAUAUGCAGCCGGGCACACAGGACGAUCCAGGCGAUGGUCUUGGUGCACUGCCACCAAAAUGGGAGACAGCGUACACUGAGCGUGGCGAGCUGUACUUUAUAGAUCACAAUACGGGCACCUCGCAUUGGCUGGAUCCGCGUUUGUCCAAGUAUCAAAAGAAAUCGCUGGAGGAUUGCUGCGAGGAUGAGCUGCCCUAUGGCUGGGAGAAAAUCGAGGACUCUAUGUAUGGGAUGUACUUUAUCGAUCAUGUGAAUCGACGCACGCAGUACGAGAAUCCAGUGCUGGAGGCAAAGCGACGUGCAGCAGAGCAGCGACAGCAGGAGCAGCUGCAGUUGCAACAACAACAACAACAGCAGCAGCAGCAGCAGCAGCAGCAACAGCAGCGCGCCAAGACGCCCACAGCGGCUCAAGAGUUAACAGCUGCUGCUGCUGCUGCUGGGGCAGACAACUCAAAGCUGCCUUACAAAUUCACGCGUAAUCCCGCCGAGCUGCAGGGUCAGCGCAUACAAACAACGCUGCUGAAGUCGACGCGUGGCUUGGGCUUCACCAUUGUGGGCAGUGAUGGCAGCGCCGGCGGCGAUGUUGAGGAGUUUCUACAAAUCAAAACUGUGGUGCCCAAUGGACCCGCCUGGCUGGACGGUCAGCUGCAGACCGGCGACGUGCUGGUCUAUGUGAACGACACUUGUGUGCUGGGCUAUACGCAUCAUGAUAUGGUCAACAUAUUCCAGUCCAUACUGCCGGGCGAGACGGCAGCCUUGGAGAUUUGCCGCGGCUAUCCAUUGCCCUUUGAUCCCAAUGAUCCGAAUACAGAGGUAGUGACCACCAUGGCUGUGGAGCGUUUGCCCAAUGAAGCGGAGCAGCAGCAGCGACGUCUCAAUGUGGAGCUUAAUUUGGAUGGCAACUACAACUUUCUGGACUUGGCUGGCGAGGGCGUCAGCAAGACCGACGGCUUCAUAUUGAUGAAGAAGCCCGAAAUUUAUACAUUCUCGAUUAUGAAAGGCGCCAUGGGCUUUGGCUUCACCAUUGCCGACUCUGCCUGCGGUCAGAUUGUGAAGAAGAUACUCGAUCGCAAUUGCUGCACACAGCUACUGGAGGGCGAUGUGCUGCUCGAGAUCAAUGGCAUACAGGUGCGCAAUAAGCCGCAUUUCUAUGUGGUGGAGCUGCUUAAGGAAUGCAGCCAGACGACGCCCACAGCGCUGAAGAUACAACGCACGCCGGCGGAUCCCAGUGCCAAUGGCUUGGGGAAUGUGGCCAAGCUGCGCAAGAAUUUUGUAGGCGGCACAGCCGGCGGUGGACUGUUUCGCAGCAAGACGCCGACAGCGGAUUUGUAUAGCACACAGGUGAAGGAGGUGCUGCCCAUGCGGCCAAAGACGCCGCUGGUGGACACAAGACGACGCGUGCUCACGCCCAGCAAUGAGCUGGAGGUGGCGACCUCAUUGGCCAACAAGUCGCCAGGCAAAUCGCAGAACAGUCUGCAGGAGCUGGACGAUAUGCCGCCGUUUAUGGAUGCCUAUCCCAAAAUGGUGAGCAGAUUAAGCGAACGCCUGGCCGAGGCCAGUCUGCAGGACGUCGAUGUGGACGGUGGUGGCAACUAUAAUCCCAUCUAUGGUCUGCCGCCCAGCAUGCAGCCGUUACCAUUGCCCUUGCCCUUGCCAUUGCCACUGGGUCAUCACGAGUCCUGCUUUUGCUUCGACUGCCAGGCGCAGCGUUUUCAGCGUCCACAGCCGGGCGCGCAGUUUGGCUACUAUGUGCCCCAGACGCCAGUCUCGGCCGGCAGCAGUCAGUACUCGCCACUGCAGGCGACGCAUAUACAAAACGAGCGCAUGCAACGUCGCGUCAAUGAGCUGCUCAGCGAUAGACGCCGCGUGGGCUUUGCUAACCUGGAUCCGUCGCAUGCUCAGCACUCGCCCACUUGGCGCAAUGGCGCCUUGCUGGAUGCCUCGGAGAAUGCGGAUCAGUGUGAGCUGACGGAGGUAACGCUGGAGCGUCAGGCUAUGGGCUUUGGCUUUCGCAUAGUUGGCGGCACUGAGGAGGGCUCGCAGGUUACGGUGGGACACAUUGUGCCUGGCGGCGCUGCGGAUUUGGAUCAGCGCGUUGCCACGGGCGAUGAAAUAAUUAGCAUCGAUGGCAUUAAUGUGUUGAACUCCUCGCACCACAAGGUCGUCUCACUGGUGGGUGAAUCGGCUGUGCGUGGUCAGGUUACAAUGAUACUGCGUCGUCGUCGCGGCAAUCUGUUGCAACAGGCGCCGCUGGCAACGCUUAGACGCUAUCCCUAUGACGUCAUAGUGAGUCGUCAUGAGAAUGAGGGCUUUGGCUUUGUUAUCAUAUCGUCAUCCAAUCAUUACUACGGCUCCACCAUAGGCAAACUCAUACCUGGCAGUCCAGCGGAUCGUUGCGGUGAGCUCAAGGUGGGUGACCGCAUUAUUGCCGUCAAUCGCAUUGAAAUUGCGGGCAUGUCGCAUGGCGACGUAGUCAAUCUCAUUAAGGAAUCUGGCUUGCAUGUGCGUCUCACCAUUGGCUGUCCGCUCAAGGAGGGCGGUCCAAGUCCAGGCGGCAGCAGCGCUGGACUAGGCUCAACUACGCCGCUGCAAGCUUCGCCUAGUUUGCUUAAAGUGCCGCAGCAGCCAACACAACAGCAGCAGCAGCAGCAACCACUGGAGUUGCCUGGCCUGGCUAUGCCUGGUAGUUAUCUGGAACGCACGAGCUCAAAUGUUGCCGCCACCUUGGCGCUGCAUCAGCAGCCGCAGUUAUGACUCUGAGAUUUGCGCAUUAGGCUCUACAAGAGCUUUCUCUAGUUACACACACUUAGCGUAGGCUUGUCCUUAAUAUUUUGCUUUAGUUAACUUUGUUUAGUCCUUAAGCAACCCCAAAGACUGAAUCUAGUAAGCACCUGUAACACUUCAAUUCGCGAAUCUCCGAACAGCAAAUUCACACAAAUUAUUUCUGCGUAUGCCACAGUUUAAAAACAACUUACACUUACUUAAUGUUUAAGUAAUGGCUAAGAUUGGCGUGCUACUCUUUUGAGCAAUUUAGUUAUAGCUAAUUGUAAAAUGCGCUAUACAUAAUCAAUAAAUUAAGUUUUAUGCACAAGUGUACAAAUGUAAAGCACUCGAAAAUGUACAUAUAUUAAGAAUAUAAAGCAUUAUAU